AUGUCUACCGCCGUUCAGUGUCUCAAGGACAACUUUGUCAAGGGCGUCCUUUUGGAUGGUCGUUUCCGGACCGUGGCUCCCCUCAAUCAUGGAUCGUUUGGCAUGGUCUUCCUGGCCACCGACAUCACCACUGGCAAUGACGUUGCUAUCAAGUGUUUGGCCAAGUCGACAUCAGCCGAUUCGUCGGCCGUCGAUGAUCGCUUUGAGGAAUUGGAGUGCCACAAGCGCUUCGGCUUCCACUCCAACCUGGUCAACUUGAUCCACAAUUUCGAGACGGAACACCACACCUACCUUGUUCUGGAGUACUGCGCCAAUGGCGAUUUAUAUGAGGCUAUUCGCCUCAAUCGUGGUCCCUUGGAGACCGAGCAUGUCCGCGACUUCAUGCUUCAAUUGAUCAGUGCUGUCGAGUUCAUGCACGCGAAUGGCAUUUAUCACCGUGAUAUCAAGCCAGAGAACAUUUUCCUGACUCACGAAGGUGUCAUGAAGCUCGGUGACUUUGGUCUUGCUACUCGGGAACCGUGGUGCUACGAGGGCUGCGUUGGUAGUGAUCGCUACAUGGCCCCGGAGCAGUAUGAACCUGGCUCGUCUGGUUAUUCUCCUGCUCAGGCUGACGUCUGGUCGAUCGGCAUCUGCAUGCUGAACAUCCUCUUCGCACGAAAUCCCUUCGUCACGCCUACUGAGUCGGAUGUGCUCUUCGCGGACUAUGUUCGUGAUCGACAGUCUUUGUUUGACAUUUUUCCCAACAUGUCCCAAGACACCUUUGAGAUUCUCACCCACUGCCUGGCCAUUGAUCCGACCAAGCGUUCAUUGGCUGAGGUCCGUCAGUGUAUCCUGCGGGCCAUCUCCUUCACCACCGAUGACGAAGCGCUGGACGACUUCUGCACUGAGGACCGCGAGGUGGUUGCGGCUACUGUGAACCGUGAGCCCCUACGUACGCCCUCGAUCCAGAGCCCCCACGUCACUCAGGGCGACUCUUUCCCGUGGGCCAAAGCUUUGCAGACCAGCCCACCACAGGCCAUGCGUCAACUCUCUGUCAUUCCCGACAACGAGAGCUACACCGAAGACCUCUUCCCAGCCUCCGAGGUCGGAGGUACCUCGUGGUUCUCCGUUCAUGCCGACACCUCCUCCCUGGCCUCAGUGUUGGAUUCGGCCAUGGGUGAUUCAUUCAAGUCCAUGCACUUUGGCCGACAGCGUGAAUGUCCCCAGAUUCCUCGGUCUGGCCCUGUUCCUAUUACUGGAUCUCUCCCUUGCCAUGCUGCCAAACCUCUCCCGUCGCUCUCGAUGGUGUUUGGCAAGCCCGGCAAGGACCAGAUCUCCAAGAGUUGGAGUGACCUUUGGGAUGAAGAUGAAGAGGAAUCGGAGAAUGAGGCUACCGCGUUCCAGCUGCGCCGUGAGCAGAACUCUCGCAGCUGGAGCCAGGAAAGCCAAACCACUCCCAUGCCAGGAUUGCGCGAGCAGGACUCCGCAUCCCCUCUUGAUCAACUGAACAUGGAGCACCUUCACAUUUCAGACACCGUUGUCGCCCCUCGUGCCAUUCCUGUGAAAGGUCGUGAUAUCGACAGCGACUCCAACACCUCGAACAGUACACCUCGUCCGAUCCAUCAGAAGCCGUCGUCGCCACGGAAACUGUCAUCUCACGUUGACAAAUGGGCCGAGCUGGGAGACAAACGCCGGAACUUCAAAACUCCCGAGCCCUUUGGUCCCCAACGCUCUGCUGGCAACUGGCGGCGUGACUGGGGCCUUGGCUCAUCCGGAUUCGACCACGGUUCUCGGACCAAGCGUGAGUCUCCUCAAGCCGAGCGUCGCCGACGCGCCUUCCUUGAACGGGACUGGCGUCACGAUGGUGGUGAGGCGCACAGACGCUCGCCUCAUCACUCCCCUUUGAAGUUCUCGGCCUACGAUGGCAGCAUUGACGAAGAUCUCGACCUCGUGGGUGGAUGGCAUGAUCUCCACCUGUAG